AAGAAAAGAAAAGAAAAGAAAAGACAUCAAAGCGAAACAAGAAUCGAGAUCAAGACGAAGAUCAGAACGAAAAUAGAUCUAGACGGAUAUAUUUUUGAAGUUUGACGAAGGGAUAGAAUUGUAGAGGACGGUAGCUCCAUAUACAGAGAUUCCAUCUUCAUAAUCAUGCCUGGCACAACAGUCGUCAGUCCGACCUCCCCGGUCUUCGAUGUCAACACACUGCGCCGCCUCUCAACAGCAGGCAGUGGAAGUGGCAGCGGUUCCGCCUCUGCAGCCGCAACAAACGGCACCACCUUCUCCACCGACGACGGCCCCGAAUUGAAAGACGACCCCGCACACCGUCAAGACUGGAGCAAAACCACCGCGCCCGAAGAAUCCUGGGCGAUCCGCGAGCGCCGCCGACAAUCCAUGUGGUCCAAGGCCGAGAUGCCCAUAUCCCCCAAGAAGCAAGCCGGCCGCCACGGCUCCGUGCUCAGCGUCUGGGUCUCCGGAAAAGACAAAGACGGCAACGACAUCCUCGUGCAUGACAGCGGCGAGGAGGCGCAGGAGGAUCUCGAGAAGAUUGAGAAUGGUGAGGAUGUGGAUGGCAUACAUGGCAAGAAGGUUAUUGUUGUUGAGGAGGAGGAUCCCAGCGAGGAGGUCAAGAAGUUGAGGCAGGAACUUGCGGAGAUGAAGGCUAAGCUCGCGAGGUUGGAGCCUGAGGAAAUCAAAGACGACGGCGAGUUCCUGCUCGUCAAGCCUGUUGAUGUUACUGGCGAGGCCGAGAAGAAGGAGCGGAGAAAGUCGAGAGGGAGCAGAGGGAGCAGAGGCUCGACUGGACCGGUUGGUGCUGAGCGCAGAGGCAGUAUUCUGAGUCUGUGGGCUCAAGGAACAGAUAAGUUGGGGAGACCGGUGAUUAUGCAUCAUGAUGAGGAGUGGAAGAAGGAUAAUGAGGAGGUUAUUCAAGAGGAGAAGGAGAAGGAGGAAGUGAAUGGGAAGGCUUAGAUCUUCACCUUCUUCUUGUGAUUCUCGGCAUCAUUGCGCUGUUAGUGUUUACUUCCAUAUUGCGCCUAUGUGGGAGCUUUGCUGCGGUUGUUCUCUUGUUUUCACUUCCGCUCGGUUUGUUUGGAUUCUUGGGUGGGGAAGACAAAGAAAGAGGGAUGGGAGACAUUAUUAUACCCAAGCGAAUUGCUCGUGGUUACGGAGAUUCGAUGUAUUGCAACAGGUAGAAAUUGUUCUGACUUGAAAUGAUUAUUCUCACUUGCAUUUGGUUCCGUGAUUUUCCUGGACUGCGCCUAGCGGAAAUACAACCGAGCAGCUGCAUUCAUAGUUGACACUUAAACUUAUAAGCUCUAUUCAGUCCUUAUCUUAAAUCACCUGGACUAUCAUUUUAACUUGAUUA